ACAUUCAGUCGGUCAGUCACUCUUGCCAAGGCAACAUGUUCGUGAUAAAAUCUUAUCAAUAUAAUUUGUAUCAAACGAAUUGAUAAACAUUCAUAUGAAUGUGUACAAACGAAGAAACGUUCCUGUUUUGUUUUGCAAUUGUUCGUGAUAACAUGUGCUGUGAUUAGACGUAUCUGAGAAGAUAAUAGUGAAUAAAGUAUUUAGAAAAGCCAUCCAUUCCAGUUUCUCCUAAGAAAAUGGCAGCAAAAUCUCUAAUUUCUAAAACCGGCCGAAAACUGUUGGUUACUAGAUGUAUAUCACUUACGUCUUCAAGAGAACAAAGUGCUUGGACACCGGACAAAAUAGUCAAAUCGCCUCAUAAAGAUGUAGAUAUACCCAGUAGAACUGUCCCCGAACAAAUAUGGGAGAAUAUGGAACGAUGGGCUGAUAGAACUGCAAUAGAAUGUGCCAUAACGAAACAGUCUUACACUUACCAUCAAAUGUACAAAUACUCUCGAAAUUUUGCUGCAAAAUUACGGACACAAUUAAAAAUUCGAGAUGGUGAUGUCGUCUGUAUUAUGAUGCCGAAUUGUCCCGAUUUCGCGGUGGCAGCCAUAGGAGCCUUGGAAGCUGGUGCUGAAGUUACUACUGUCAACCCUAUUUACACUCCACACGAAGUACAACGGCAAAUAACACUAUCAGAUCCAAAAGUUGUCAUUGGUGUACCAGAAACGAUUCCAGUUCUCAAGGAAGCCUUAGCAUUAGCUAAAAAGGAUCUUCCAAUCAUUUCUAUCAAAGGACUUGAUGGAGUAUUACCACCAGAAACAAUUUCAUUCCAAGAAUUUGCUUUAGCAGAUAAUGUAGAUCAUAGUGUAUUAAAAGAAGUUCGAAGACAACCUGAGGAUGUAGCAUUUCUUCCGUAUUCUAGUGGAACAACGGGUCUUCCAAAAGGUGUUGAACUGGUUCAUAGGAAUAUUGUUGUUAAUCUUUUACAACAGAACGUUGAUACCAUCAGACAUUACGAUGAGACAACAAAGUCAUCUCAGGAUGUAGCUUUAGCAGUGUUACCGUUCUACCACAUCUAUGGCUUAUCAAUAGUGUUGCUACACAAGUUGUCCGUGGGUUUGAAAGUAGUAACGUUACCCAAAUUCCAGCCAAAUACAUUUACAGAUGCCCUAAAAACACAUAAGACAAAUGUGUUAUGUGCUGCUCCUCCACUUAUACUGUUUCUUGGUUCCCAUCCCGGAAUAACAAAUGAGCAUCUAGCUUUCAUCAAAACAAUCACUUCAGGAGCUGCUCCAUUGCCAAGGAAGGAUGUUGUCAGUGUCCUUGAUAAAGUGAAGCACAAACUGAACUUCCUCCAAGUUUACGGCUUAACUGAAACAGCGCCACUGGCAACUGCGAUGCUACCUGGAUCUGAGAACUACGCUUCAGCAGGUUAUGCCAUCUCGAAUACAGAGUUGAGGAUAGUCGACACAGCUUUGAAUCCUUUGGGACCAAAGGAGGUUGGCGAACUUUUGAUCCGCGGUCCUCAAGUAAUGAAAGGGUAUAGGAAUAAUCCAGAAGCAACCAAAAAGUGUAUGACUGAAGACGGUUGGUUCCAAACUGGUGAUCUCGCAAGCAUCGAUAUCGAUGGAACUGUGACGAUAGCUGAUCGGCUUAAGGAACUUAUUAAGGUGAAAGGCUACCAAGUACCACCAGCAGAACUAGAAAAUGUGCUAAAGGAACAUCCAGAUGUUCUAGACGCUGCUGUAAUCGGUGUACCUGAUGCAAGAAUGGGUGAAGUUCCUAAAGCCUUCAUAGUUCUACGAGACGGACACAGAGCAGACGCUCAUUCUAUCACUAAUUUCGUGUCAAAAAGAGUAGCAGAAUACAAGAGGAUCAAAGACGUCAGAUUUCUAAAAGAGUUACCAAAAAACCCUUCUGGAAAGAUUUUGAGAAGGGUCUUGAAAGAACUUUAAAAUUAUUGUUUAAAGAAAAUUAAAAUAAAAGUAUUUUCUAAAUGUCUAACC